AUGACAGGAAAGAAUCAAACUGUCAUCUUAGAAUUCCUCCUCAUGGGCCCACCCAUCAAGUCAGAGCUGCGAGACCAGUUCUAUGCCCUGUUUCUAGUCAUGUAUGUUACCACUGUCAUGGGGAACCUUCUCAUCAUCGUCCUCAUUCGCCUGGACUCCCACCUCCACACGCCCAUGUAUUUGUUUCUUAGCAAUUUGUCCUUCUCUGACUUCUGUUUUUCCUCCGUCACAAUGCCCAAAUUGCUGCAGAACAUGCAGAGCCAAGUCCCAUCCAUCCCAUAUGCUGGCUGCCUGACCCAGAUGUACUUCUUUCUAUUUUUUGGAGACCUGGAGAGCUUCCUCCUGGUGGCCAUGGCCUAUGACCGCUAUGUGGCUAUCUGUUUCCCUCUGCACUACACCACCAUCAUGAGCCCCAAGCUCUGUCUCUCCCUGCUGGUGCUGUCCUGGGUGCUGACUACUGUCCAUGCCAUGUUGCACACCCUGCUCAUGGCCAGAUUGUGUUUCUGUGCAGACAACAUAAUCCCCCACUUUUUCUGUGAUAUGUCUGCCCUGCUGAAGCUGGCCUGCUCUGACACUUGGGUUAAUGAGUUGGUGAUAUUUAUCAUAGGAGGGCCCAUUGUCGUCAUACCAUUCCUACUCAUUGUCAUGUCUUAUGCACGGAUUGUGUCCUCCAUCCUUAAGGUCCCUUCUACCAGGGGAUUCCGCAAGGCAUUCUCCACUUGUGGCUCCCACCUCUCAGUGGUGUCUCUCUUCUAUGGGGCAAUUAUUGGUCUGUAUUUAUGCCCAUCAGCUAAUAAUUCUGCUGUGAAGGAGACUGUCAUGGCUAUGAUGUACACUGUGGUCACACCCAUGCUGAAUCCCUUCAUCUACAGCCUCAGGAACAGAGACAUGAAGGAAGCCCUGGGAAGAGUCUUUUGUGGAAAGAAAAUUCCCUUCUCUGUAUGA